GACCUGUUCACGCUCGAUGAAGAGACCACUAGCUCGACUCACAGACUGCUGGGCUGUAGAUGCGACAGCGUGGAGGACACAGACGGUGAUUUCAGUGACAGUCAUUCCCGAGCUGAGGUGGUAGCGGAGCCAAGUGGCGCGCCCAAACGCUCAUCUCAACUAGGCAGUGCAACAACUCCCAGCAUCAUCGGACAGAAGCUUGGCAUGAGCGACUUGUUGCGGUGGGAACACAUUUCGGCACCGAUAGGCAAGCAUUUUUCGCAGGACCCUCACCUGGCUGCUGCUGAAGACCACAUCACAUUUGUUUUUCGCAACACUCUCUGUAAAGCGCAAAAAGAAAAUGUUGGUGGACAUUAUAGGCAUUUUAUUCACUAUGUUCUGUAA